GGUCGUUGAAACGAAACGGCGGACAGAUUUGAAAGGGAUUACCGUUUUUACCGUGCCUUUUACCUUGCCCCCUGGUCCUCUUGUGGAUUUCAAUUACCAUCUGCAUAUAAGGGAUGAAAGUAUUUGUUCGGGAGUGUAAAACUGACAAACUACUUAUUACAUGGGAGAAUGUCUCAACUGAUGCAACGAUUCUCGACCUUAAAAAUAGAAUUUAUCUGGAAAAAAAGAAGCCUCAAUUAGUCCGACAGAGUAUUCGUCUUGAUCCUCGUGGAAAGUCAAUAGAUGAUAACAAACGAAUAUCUGAGUUUGAAAACACGGACAAAUCUGGGUGUGUUAAUUUAUAUUUAAGGGAUAUUGGACCACAAAUUGGUUGGCGUACGGUGUUUUUAUUAGAGUACACAGGACCACUAAUCAUAUAUGCAAUCGUUUGGCUUCUUCGACAACCUUCUUUAAAAAAUAACAUGCUUCCUCCUAUGUCAUCUGACUUCUAUUUAAGAAGAGUUGCUUUAGCUUGUUGGUCUGGCCACUACAUUAAACGUCUACUGGAAACCGUGUUUGUCCAUCGGUUUUCUCAUGCUACAAUGCCAUUGCGUAAUCUGUUCGUCAAUUGUUCAUAUUAUUUUGGAUUCGCUUUGUUCAUAAGCUAUUUUACAAAUCAUCAUUUAUACACACCACCUACCUUUGGUCACACACAAAUAGUUAUAGGCUUCUUUCUCUUCAUGAUUGGCGAAUGGGGAAACUUUUCAUGUCAUUUAGCAUUUAAACGACUUCGACCAGCCGGUUCAAAAGUUCGACAGAUACCUUAUCCGAUAGAUGGUUGGUUAUGUACUCGGAUGUUUAAUUUAGUGGCAUGUCCUAAUUACACUUAUGAAAUUAUAUCAUGGAUUGGUUUUACUAUUAUGACACAAACAUUACCAGCUCUUAUAUUUACUAUUUGUGGAUUUCGUCAAAUGAGUGUAUGGGCUAUUAAUAAAUUGAAAGCGUAUCGUCGUGAAUUUACAGAUUUUCCAAAAAAUCGAAAAGCAAUUGUACCAUUUAUUCUUUAAUUUCUUUAUUACAUAAUCAUUCUAUGCAUCAUUAAUAUCACUAUGAUUGUUAUUUAACUUUUAAUAUUCAUGGUGAUCUCUGUUUUUAUUUAUUUAUUUGAACACAUAAAU